AUGAAGUUCACCAUUGCCGCUAUCAUCCCUCUUUUGGCAGUCGCCAUCUCUGCCUCACCUCUCGAGGCCCGCCAGGCCAAGGAUGUGACCGUGGCUCUAUCCAAUGACGUAUCUGGAGCCUAUGCUGGAGCGACAUUCCCAGCCGAUAACACCGACAAGAGCAUCUUCUCCCUCUACGGUUCUACCUCUGUUGGGGCAGGUGGUACUGUCAGGGCAACCUCUGCCCAGCUCACCAACUGGGCAUCCGCCGGACAAUCCAUCAACUGUGUCAUCAAGAACAACGGCGCUAUCAUCGGGACCUUGAAUGCUCAGCAAACCUUUGUGAACCUUGAUGGAGGUGUCAUUCCCCGUGUUCCAGUCAACCUCAACAACGCUCAGAUUCGCUGCCGUGUUUAA